ACCUGCUGCCCACGCACUCCUCGGUCUGCAGGGGGCGCACCGGCGGCCACCCUCCCUCUUUCAGGGUGGUGGGCGGGGCCUCUGGGGCCGGUGUGGAACGGACGAUUGGCUGGCUGGGCUGUUUGUCACGGCAUCCCGCCCCCACCCUACGUCACAUGACGCAGCCCAUCAUGGCGGCAGGAGCGCGGCUGCCCUGGCCCGCGGCUCCGCAGGGCUGCUGCCGUUGCUGCUGUUGAGAGGCGGCGGCGGCGGCGGCACAGACGGGCGGGCGGGAAGGAUGGUGUUUCUGUGGCCGGGGCGGCGGGUGCGGACUAGGAGCCGGGCUGAGGUUUGGCCGAAGCGACGUGUGCUCAGGAGCAGCUGGCGCGGGUGCCGCUGAGGCAGGCAGGACCGACUGACGGACGGACCGACGGAAGGAGACCCGAGAGCCGGCCCCGGGGGCCGUGCAGUGGGCGAGAUGCCGGGGCCGCCGGCGUUGCUGCUACUGCCGCUGCUCCUGGCCGCCGGCAGUGCCGGGGCCGCGCCACUUCCGCAAACAGGUGCAGGGGAGGCACCUGCUGCAGAAGUUUCCUCCUCUUUUGUGAUCCUGUCUGUGUGCAGUUUAAUGAUAUUAAUAGUGUUAGUUGCAAACUGUGUAUCCUGCUGUAAGGACCCGGAAAUAGACUUCAAGGAGUUUGAAGAUAACUUUGAUGAUGAGAUAGAUUUCACACCACCAGCAGAAGACACUCCGUCUGUCCAGUCCCCAGCAGAAGUUUUCACACUUUCAGUACCAAAUAUCUCACUACCAGCUCCGUCGCGGCUCCAGCCUUCCGUAGAAGGUUUGAAGUCCCAAGUUGCCCGCCACAGUCUGAACUAUAUACAGGAAAUUGGAAAUGGCUGGUUUGGAAAGGUCCUCCUUGGAGAGAUUUACACAGGCACUAGUGUAGCGAGAGUAAUAGUGAAGGAGUUAAAAGCGAGCGCGAGCCCAAAGGAACAAGAUACUUUUUUGAAAAAUGGCGAACCUUACUAUGUUCUUCAGCAUCCAAAUAUUCUUCAGUGUGUUGGACAAUGUGUAGAAGCAAUUCCCUAUCUCCUGGUGUUUGAGUUCUGUGACCUGGGUGACCUAAAAGCUUACCUGCGCAACGAGCAAGAGCACGUGAGGGGGGACUCGCAGACCAUGCUGCUGCAGCGGAUGGCCUGCGAGAUCGCGGCGGGCCUGGCCGCCAUGCACAAGCUGCACUUCCUGCACAGUGAUUUAGCCCUGCGGAAUUGUUUCCUUACCUCGGAUCUAAAUGUGAAAGUGGGAGAUUAUGGGAUAGGACUCAGCAGGUACAAGGAGGAUUAUAUUGAAACGGAUGAUAAAAAAAUUUUCCCUCUGCGAUGGACUGCUCCAGAACUAGUAACCAGCUUUCAAGACAGACUACUAACUGCAGAUCAAACGAAGUAUAGUAAUAUCUGGUCCCUAGGUGUGACACUUUGGGAGCUCUUUGAUAAUGCUGCUCAGCCUUAUUCCAACCUCUCCAACUUAGAUGUUCUCAAUCAGGUCAUUCGAGAGAGAGACACAAAACUCCCUAAGCCCCAGCUGGAGCAGCCUUAUUCUGACAGAUGGUAUGAAGUUUUGCAGUUCUGCUGGCUGUCCCCGGACAAGAGACCAGCGGCCGAGGACGUGCACAGGUUGCUCACCUACCUGCGGAUGCAAAGCCAAAGGGACUCAGAAGUCGACUUUGAGCAGCAGUGGAAUGCUCUUAAACCGAAUACAAACAGCAGAGACACUUCAAGUAAUGCCGCAUUCCCAAUCCUCGACCACUUCGCCAGGGACCGGCUGGGUCGUGAGGUGGAGGAAGUCCUCACCGUGACCGAGACCAGCCAGGGCCUGAGCUUUGAGUAUGUCUGGGAGGCAGCCAAGCAUGACCACUUUGACGAGCGCAGUCGGGGCCCCCCGGACGAAGCCUUGUCCUACACGAGCAUCUUCUUUCCGGUUGAAGUUUUUGAGAGUUCACUUUCAGACCCCGGGCCGGGGAAACAAGAUGACAGUGGCCAGGAUGUGCCCCGUGGGGCCCCCGGAGUGGUCCCUGUGUUUGAUGCCCACAACCUUUCUGUCGGAAGCGACUAUUACAUCCAGUUGGAAGAAAAAGGCGGCAGCAACUUGGAGCUUGAUUACCCACCCGCGCUGCUCACAACUGAAAUGGAUAACCCGGAAAGGGUACACGAGGAGGCGCCCCAAUUCCUGACACUCCGGAACCUUGAAUUAGAGGAGUCCAGUACAGAUGAGGAUUUCUUCCAAAGCGGUGCAGACCCCAAAGAUUCCAGCGUACCCGAGGACGUACAGGUCCCCAGGGGCCCUGAGAGCCCUUUCAACAGUAUAUUUAGUGAUCUUGACAAAUCAGAGGAUCUGCCCAGUCACCAAAAGAUAUUUGACUUGAUGGAACUAAAUGGAGUUCAAACCGACUUGAAGCCGACCGCUUUCGGUUCAAGCCCGGACGACUCCAGAGAGUCUGUUGUAACGUGCCACUUUGAGAAAGAUAAGCCCCGUAAGCUUUUUGACGGCGAGCCUCUUUGCUUAUCAGAAACCCUCAUGCACCAAGAUAAUUUUGAUCCACUGAACGUUCAAGAGCUGUCAGCAAACUUUUUGUUUCUUCAAGAGAAAAACCUACUAAAAGACUCACUGUCUGACAAAGAACAUCUAAAUGAUCUUCAAACAGAACUUAAAAACGCUGGCUUCACCGAAACGAUAUUAGAAACUCCACAUAGGAACUCUUUAGGUACCGAAGUGAAGUUUGCCGAGAACAAACCAGGCUUUCCUUCGCUGCAGGAAAGCCUCAGCGCCAAGGGUCAGGAUGCAGGUGUCGUGUUCAAGGACAGCACUUUGAACACCUCGUUACAGUCUUCCCCAGAAGUGCGGGUACCUCCUACCUCGCUGGAGACAGAAGGAACAUCUCCCCGCUUACCUCCAGAUACGUCCCCGAAGCAGGGAGAACCCACAUGCUCGGAUGUCCGUAGCCACGAAGACCGUCUCUGCCAAGAAACGAAUCCGGACCCUGUGACCAUCACGGUAGAAACUCCCGCAGCGGCUGCCAGAGCACACGGUGUUGGUGACCAGUCCCGGGACCUGACCCGCCAAAGCGAAGAGGCCUUGACACUGACCAAAAGUGACCCGGUUCUUACUGAUGACAUUUUUGCCAAUGAGGUGAGUAUAGGAAGCAGUGUUCCAGAAUUGAGACAGAACUUCCCAAAUCAGCCGCUCUCAGAAGACCGACACGCUGACCGUGUGCUGGAGAAAAGCUCGGAAGGUGCGGACGCUCUGAGUGAGCUGCAUUGUAAAGCGGCUGCCAAGGAGGGGGGCCUGGUGUCCGCCCUGUCCUCAGACUCGACCAGUCAAGACAGCCUCUUAGAAGACAGCUUGUCAACACCCAUUCCGACUUCGGAACAGUCUGUGGAGACCCCGGACUCUCUGGAUUCGGUGGAUGUCCGUGACGUUUUAUUGGGAUCCUUAGGCUCUCACACUCCUCAGAAACUCGUGCCCCCCGAUAAGCCUGCAGACAGUGGCUACGAGACGGAGAACUUGGAGUCCCCUGAAUGGACCCUGCACCCCGCCCCCGACGGCGCCUCGGCCGCGGAGGCGGCCGCGGCGGGCGACGGCAGCCGUGGCACCCUGCCCCCCAACCCGGUCAUCGUCAUCUCAGACGCAGCCGACGGCCACAGGGGUACGGAAGUGGCCUCGCAGACUUUCGCGCCUGGCUCUCAGAGCUCGUACCGAGACUCCGCCUACUUCUCAGAUAAUGACUCUGAGCCCGACAAGAAGUCCGAGGGCGUCCCGGGACCCUCGGCCUCGGCCUCGGCCUCGGUGGUGGUAACGGACCAGCCGCUGCCUGAGCCGGUCGUGCCGGAGCAGAGUCCUGGCGCCAAGGACAGUUGCCUGGAAACCAGCCACGGCGAGCCAGACCGAAGCUGUCUCCCUGCUUCGCGCAGUUCCGGUCACCCGGCGUCCAGAGACACUUCGGAACCGGCACCACCUGACGUUUCCAAACGGACGCCGCCUCCCGAAGACGAGGCCGGCAGUCCCUUGAGUUUGGGGAACUCCGAGCUGAGCAGCAGCGAUGACUUCGAGGCACCAGAGGAGCGCCCCUGCACGCUCGCUUCCACCGGAACCAACACCAACGAGCUCCUUGCCUUUGCGAGUUCCGCCCUGUGCCCCGGCAGCACGGCGGACGUGACGGCGGAGAAGUCGUCGUGCGGCCACGCCGAGGGCCCCAAGCUGAAGGAGCCGGACGUCGAAGGGAAGUACCUGGGGAAACUUGGAGUGUCGGGCAUGCUGGACCUCUCCGAGGACGGCAUGGAUGCCGACGAGGAGGACGAAAACAGCGACGACUCGGACGAAGACCUGCGGGCGUUUCACCUGCACAGCCUGAGCUCCGAGUCGGAGGACGAGACCGAGCACCCGGUGCCCGUGAUCCUCAGCAACGAGGACGGGAGGCAUCUGCGCAGCCUGUUGAAACCUGCGGCCGCUGUCGCCAUCGACCAGCUGCCGGACGACUGGAAGAAAGAAAAGAAGGCGGUGACGUUUUUUGAUGAUGUCACGGUCUAUCUGUUUGACCAGGAGACCCCGACCAAAGAGCUGGGGCACUGCGGAGGAGAUGCCCACGGCCCCGAGUUGAGCGGCCGCGGCCCGGCACCGCCUUCGGGUUCUCCCUACCUGAGCAGGUGCAUAAAUUCCGAAAGCUCGACCGAUGAAGAAGGUGGAGGCUUUGAAUGGGAUGAUGACUUCUCCCCGGACCCUUUUAUGGCGAAGACAACAAGUAACCUUCUCAGUUCCAAGCCUUCCCUUCAGACGUCCAAGUACUUCUCGCCGCCUCCGCCGCCCCGGAGCACAGAGCAGAGCUGGCCUCACACGCCGCCGUAUUCCCGGUUCUCCAUCUCGCCUGCCAACAUCGCCAGCUUUUCUCUCACUCACCUUACUGACUCGGACAUGGAGCAAGGAGGUGAGAGGAGGGCUGUGUGUCCAGCAGGGCUGGGUGGGCGUCGGCCUGCGAGACCUUCCCCGUGGGACUUGCAUGCUUGCUAAUUUGGGGCUUUCCUGGUGUUUGCAGAGUAGAUUAAAAAAAAAAAAAAAUCCCUCCGAAAGCUCUCACAGUUCGAGAGCGCGCUCUCGGGGCCACAGCCCCCACCCGCAGGCCUCUGUCACUCCGCAAGCUGAGUGCCACUGGAGGUGUCCCCUCGCUGCCCCGGUUGGGCCGGGUGGCCCAGGGUGACGGCCUGGCUGCAGGUCCCCAAACUUGCCCAGGGUGUCUGCCACCUUCUUUUCUUCUCUUUUUCCCUUUUGGCCACAACCCCGCCUUCCCCCCUCCUCCCCCAGAGGGAAGCCAUUCUUCAGAAAGCUUACCGUGUUCAGAACACUUGGCCCAAGAUUUUGGGAUUGAGCCCAGAUGUGCUCUGGUUCUCCCCGGGGAGUAUUGACUUUACCAUUAAGCCUCCGUCUUGUGCGAUAGCAGGGGCCUGGGUGGGGGGUCAUGGGCAGGGCCCAUUUGCAGUGGUGUUAUCUGGACAUACGGAUCCUUUUUUCCCCAUAACUAGAUUGGGAGAUGAAUGUCAACAGGUGCAUUUUUUUCGAUUUGAAGUUCGAAGUUCGGGUAACAGCCACGAACCAUGAAGAGCUUGUGUUUGUGUUUGGGCUCUGUUUAAUUGUGCCGGUUAGAUCACGCCCAUUCCCUAGCGAUCUGUCAGAGAUCAGAGCGAUUUUCUCCCGCCCUGAGCGUUGACACCAAGCUGCGUGUGAGCGGAGCAGGUGUGUGUGUGAGAGUGUGCGAGGGUCUGGCAGGUGCCACUGUCACAAGAAGAAAACACGCGGCUGGACAGGUGGUGGGUGGCCGCGCUCCCGGCGUCAGUUCCUGUUUCUGUAGCACAGGUCGGAUGCCGUCCGGACUGUUUGCAUCCAGGACGAUCACGGCAUAAACCCACCUUUGCUCGUUCUC